GUGACAUUUCAGAGCAGAGCGCGACCGCCAUUUUGAGUUUUACCUCAAACGGAACAUCACAAACCGAGCGAGUGGGGCGAGAAGCUUGGCUGUGACUGGGCUCAGAAAGAGAAAAGGCCAUCACAUAUAUUAGAAAAACAACGAUAAUCGCGGCGACGGUAACCGUCACCAUCAUCGACGGCUGCACUCGAACGCGAAAAGCUGGAGCGUGUCCGUCCGUGUUGGUAAAUACGGUGGUUUCAUGUCAGGGGGGGGAGGAGGAAAGAAAAAAAAAAGUCGAGCACCGGCCGGGCGCCUCGCGUCGCAUCGCCGCCGAACUUCCAAAUUAGCGCGAUUCCCGAUUAGCGGCGCGUUUGAAUGGAUAGCUUCUCUCAUCGCUCUCCCCCAGUAGCGGGACGGUCGGAGGGGCACACGGACUGGAAAGGCUGCCGCGGAAGCUGUGUUUGAGCCGAUAUAAAUAUCCCGAGAUCGCCUCGAUUUAAAUAUACGCAGAUAUACGCGCGUCGGCGUGGUGUAGCCCAUUCGGCCCGGGCUUUAGCUGCCUGUCUGGCGUUAGCUAGCCGUUAGCGCCCCGUUUGUGCUCACCGGCUGCGUGUGGCGGUGCAUCUCUGCCUGUUUCUCUCAUCUCGCCUGCUGCCCCAUAUUUUUGGGGUAAAGGCGCACUCAUUCAUUUUAUUCCCGCGUUGGAGCCCCGGUUUAUCCAGCGCCGCGUAGCCUCCCCCCGUUAAGGCGCCGAGAUUGGGCGAAUAGCGAGCAAAUACGUCCGCGUUUCGCUGCCUGCUCCCCCGCCGACUUCCCACCCCCAGUCCCCGGUGCUGACGGCAGAUAAGGCCCAGGUCGUCUCGGAGCAGGCCCGGCUGCCCAGACUCGACCCGUUGUCCGUACCUCCGCGCUCGCAGGCCCCCUACCAACCGCCCCGAAGCCAGCCGACCCCAGAACCGACGUCUGAGAAGGCCGAGGGGAUAGAAGAGGAAACCGAGCGCCGCGCCGCAACACCCGUCGACAUGAACCACCACCAUCACCAUCACACCCAGCAGCAGCAGCAGAAGACCGGCGAGCAGCAGCUCAGCGAGCCCGAGGAUAUGGAAAUGGAAGCUGGAGACACCGAUGACCCCCCGAGAAUUCCUCCGAACCCCGUCAUCAACGGAAACGUAGCCAUGGCUGACGGCCACAAUAACACAGAGGAGGAUAUGGAGGACGACACCAGCUGGAGGUCCGAGGCCACCUUCCGCUUCGUGGUUGAGCGCUUCAGUCGGCUCAGCGAGUCCGUGCUCAGCCCGUCCUGCUUCGUGAGGAACCUGCCCUGGAAGAUCAUGGUGAUGCCGCGCUUUUAUCCUGACCGACCCCACCAGAAGAGCGUCGGCUUCUUCCUACAGUGCAACGCUGAGUCAGACUCCACGUCCUGGUCCUGCCAUGCCCAGGCCAUGCUGAAAAUAAUCAACUAUAAAGACGACGAGAAGUCUUUCAGCCGGAGGAUCAGCCACCUCUUCUUCCACAAGGAGAACGACUGGGGUUUCUCCAACUUCAUGUCAUGGAGCGAUGUCACAGAUCCAGAGAGGGGCUUCGUCGAAGACGACAAGGUGACCUUCGAGGUCUACGUUCAGGCUGAUGCCCCGCAUGGAGUGGCGUGGGAUUCGAAGAAACACACAGGCUACGUUGGCUUAAAGAACCAAGGGGCCACGUGUUACAUGAACAGCUUGCUGCAGACGCUGUUCUUUACCAACCAGCUGCGGAGGGCCGUGUACAUGAUGCCCACCGAGGGGGACGACUCGUCGAAGAGCGUCCCGCUCGCACUGCAGCGGGUCUUCUACGAGCUGCAGCACAGCGACAAGCCGGUGGGCACGAAGAAGCUGACCAAGUCGUUCGGGUGGGAAACGCUGGACAGCUUCAUGCAGCAUGAUGUGCAGGAGCUGUGCAGGGUGCUCCUUGACAAUGUGGAGAACAAGAUGAAAGGCACCUGCGUGGAAGGCACCAUCCCAAAGCUCUUCCGAGGGAAGAUGGUGUCCUAUAUCCAGUGUAAGCAUGUGGACUACAGAUCUGAACGAAUAGAGGACUACUACGACAUCCAACUGGGCAUUAAAGGAAAGAAGAACAUCUUUGAGUCCUUCAAAGAUUAUGUGGCCGUGGAGCAGCUGGAUGGUGACAACAAGUACGACGCGGGGGAGCACGGUCUGCAGGAAGCUGAGAAGGGGGUGAAGUUUCUGACAUUCCCCCCGAUUCUGCACCUGCAGCUGAUGAGGUUCAUGUACGACCCUCAGACAGACCAAAACAUCAAGAUAAAUGACAGGUUCGAGUUUCCUGAGCAGCUGCCCCUGGACGAGUUCCUGCAGAAGCCGGAUGUCAAAGAUCCGGCGAACUACAUCUUGCACGCCGUCCUGGUGCACAGCGGAGACAACCACGGCGGCCAUUACGUCGUCUACCUCAAUCCCAAAGGAGACGGCAAGUGGUGCAAGUUCGACGACGACGUCGUGUCCAUCUCUCUCAACAACAACAACGGAGGAGGAGGAAAAAGAGAGAGAUUGUACAUCCGAGAGUCCAAGCUCAGCGAGGUGUUGCAGCCCGUCACAGACAUGGACAUCCCCCAGCAGCUGGUGGAGAGGCUGCAGGAGGAGAAGAGGGUGGAGGCCCAGAAGCGUAAGGAGCGUCAGGAGGCCCACCUCUACAUGCAGGUCCAGAUCGUCACAGAGGAUCAGUUCUGUGGCCACCAGGGAAACGACAUGUAUGACGAGGAGAAGGUCAAGUACACAGUGUUCAAAGUCCUAAAGAGCUCCACACUGGCAGAGUUCGUCCAGAACCUCUCGCAGAACAUGGGAUUCCCGCAGGACCAAAUCCGGCUCUGGCCCAUGCAGGCCAGGAGCAACGGCACCAAGAGACCAGCCAUGUUGGAUUAUGAAGCCGAUUGCAGCAAGUCUAUGAUUGACUUAAGCGAUAACGAGAACCCGUGGACAAUAUUUCUGGAGACCGUGGACCCAGAAAUGGCUGCCAGUGGUGCGACGUUGCCCAAGUUCGACAAAGACCAUGACGUGAUGUUGUUUUUGAAGAUGUAUGAUCCAAAAACAAAGAGCUUAAAUUAUUGUGGACAUAUCUACACACCUAUAUCUUGUAAAAUACGAGACUUGCUGCAAGUCAUGUGCGAAAGAGCAGGAUUUCAGCAAGGAACUAACCUUAUCCUCUAUGAGGAAGUUAAACCGAAUUUAACGGAGCGGAUUCAGGACUACGACGUCUCCCUGGACAAGGCUCUGGAUGAGCUCAUGGAUGGCGAUAUAAUAGUGUUUCAGAAGGAUGACCCCGAGAAUGAUGCAGGCGAUCUGCUGACCGCAAAAGACUACUUCAGAGACUUGUACCAUCGCGUCGACGUCAUCUUCUGUGACAAAACCAUUCACAACGAUCCAGGCUUCGUUGUAACGCUUUCAAACAGGAUGAACUACUUCCAGGUGGCGAAGACUGUUGCUCAGAGACUAAACACCGACCCCAUGCUCCUGCAGUUUUUCAAGUCCCAAGGAUACCGCGAUGGACCAGGCAACCCCCUCAGACACAACUAUGAAGGCACCCUACGAGACCUGCUGCAGUUCUUCAAGCCCAGGCAGCCCAAGAAGCUGUACUAUCAGCAGCUGAAGAUGAAGAUCACAGAUUUCGAGAACAGGAGGAGCUUCAAGUCCAUAUGGCUGAACAGUCAGUUCCGGGAAGAGGAAAUAACACUAUACCCUGACAAGCAUGGUUGUGUGCGUGACCUCCUGGAGGAGUGCAAGAAGGCGGUGGAACUAUCUGAAAAGGGUUCUGAAAAACUGAGGCUGCUAGAAAUUGUAAGCUACAAAAUAAUUGGAGUUCACCAGGAGGAUGAGUUACUGGAGUGCUUAUCCCCCGCAGCGAGCCGGACGUUCAGAAUAGAGGAAAUCUCUCUGGACCAGGUGAACCUUGACAAGGAGAAAGAGAUGCUGAUUCCUGUUGCACAUUUUCACAAGGAAGUCUUCGGGACAUUCGGGAUUCCUUUCCUGCUGAAGAUUCGCCAGGGCGAACCGUUCAGGGAGGUCAUGAGAAGAAUUCAGACCAUGCUGGACAUCCAGGAGAAGGAGUUUGAGAAGUUCAAGUUUGCGAUCGUCAUGAUGGGACGACAUCAGUACAUCAAUGAAGACGAAUACGAAGUAAAUCUUAAAGAUUUUGAGCCACAGCCAGGGAACAUGUCCCACCCCAGGCCUUGGUUAGGGCUUGACCAUUUUAACAAAGCCCCGAAGAGAGGCCGCUACACUUACCUGGAAAAAGCAAUCAAGAUACACAACUGACAUCCCCACCCCAACCCGCUGUACUAAAGACUUUAACCAAACCCUUUGUGUGCAUCACUUUUAACAGCCGCAGAGUUUGGGCGUUUGGGUACACACACGCACCGUUUAUGAAGUCUUCAGCAAAACGGAUCGCUGCUCCUUUUCCCCAUUUUUUGGGUUCUUUUUUUGAGGCUGUUCGAUUUGGCUUCUAUGUAACUAUUGACUGCCUAUUUUUGUCUGGAAGAAUUCAUUGGAUUUUAACACGAGAGGACUGUAUGAACUUAGGGUUUUUUUUUUUUUUCGGGUUUUGUUUUUAAAAAGCUGCUGCCUGGGGGGGGCGGAGCAGAGGGAUAGAUGGAGGGAGGGGCCAUUUUUGCAGGAAGGCGUCGGUGACCUGGUCGCAAGAACCGCAGGUGGCUUCUGCUUGCUAGUUGCCUAACGUGGUUGUCAUAUUUUCCUGGUCCCUUAGUGCAACUAGUUCACUUCAUGUUUACACAAUUCUUUCUCACUUAGUUUGGUUGGAGGAAUUCAGUUCUGUCUUCUUUCAAAUCUUGUAUAAUAAAAAAAAAACCACAGCAUCCAUUAAAAAAAAAAAAAAACAAAAAAAAUUCUAAGCGUCUGUACUUCAUCUUGCACGUUGGCACUUAAAUCGCGAAGAUGAUUACAUUUUUCAGCACUGUUAAAUGUAAUCUUUGAUCCUCCCCCCCCCUCUCCCCCCCCCCCGCUUAUUUCAGUUUCCGGAACUCUCCUCUCCAUUUCGUUCCCACCUUGUUGGCCCCUGUCCUUUUUGCUGUGGGUUUGGUGACGCUGUUCGGGUUUCUGAUCAGCUUGAGGGGUUUUUACUGUAGUGUACAUUGGCAACAAACAGCACACCCUUCGCGGUGAUGGGUUUAGGACAGUGUUUCCCAGUCCUUUCUGCGCAGACCCAUAGCCGCUCCAUGUUUUUGCUCCCUCUGAGCGCCCUUAUCAGGACAGUCUACAUUUUUGCUCCCUCCCAGCUAGGGAGCAAAAACAAGGACUGUCUCUGGGUCCCCAAGGACCAGAUUAGGAAACACUGGUUUAGGAUAUAGUGAAACCAGCAUUAUAAAUGGAAAUCCAGCCCUUUCCAAGCACAGGAGACGUGCUCCCUAGGGCGUAGUUGGCUUUGUAAAGAAAUUCAAAUUGUAUAUUUAAAGAAUGGACAUGUAAAAUUAAACACAAAUUUUGUUGGUUACAACGCAGUUCAGAUGUUCAUAUUCCUUGUGUGUAGUUUUUUUUUCCUGAUUUUUUUUUUUUUUAAACUAAUGGCAACAGUGUCUAGUUAAAGUGCAGUACAAAGAUGACCUUCAGAUCAUACCUUUUCUCCAGUCUAAUUCCUCCCUGUAGCAGCAGUGUACGACAGCUAUUCCUGUAUAUUGCCUUUUUGCUGGAAAAUGUAUGUUGAAUAAAAUUUUCUAUAAAA